AUGACGCACCAGGAAAUAUUCCUGACCAAUGCGCCGAUUAGAUCAAGAUUCUUGGGCGGAGCGUUGUUCGUUGUAUGUCUAAUUGUCACAGGGGCUACCUCAGGGAUUGGCAAAGCUUACGCAAAUGAGUUGGCCAGAAGAGGUCUGGACAUUGUACUGGUCAGCCGGUCAAAAGAUAAACUCCACAUUGUCGCCAAGGAGAUUGAGAGCCAACAUGGACGCCAGACCCAGAUCAUCCAGACAGACUUCACAGAGGGCCAUGACAUCUACCCUGCUAUAGCUGAGGCACUACGGGACCUGGACAUAGGCAUCCUGGUUAACAAUGUAGGCAUGAACUAUUCUGACAAGUUGGUACAUUUCCUGGACAUUCCCAACCCUGAGCAGAGAACCACCCAGGUGAUCAACUGUAACAUCCUCUCUGUCACCCAGAUGACCAGACUGGUUCUCCCACGCAUGGUUUCAAGAGGGAACGGUCUGAUCAUCAACAUGUCUUCAGAGGCAGGUGCUCAGCCACAACCCAUGCUGUCUCUCUACUCCGCCACCAAGAUUUUUGUGACAUAUUUUUCCAGAUCUCUGAAUUCAGAAUACAAGUCACAGGGAAUAACAGUUCAGUGUGUGGCUCCCUUUAUGGUGUACACUAACAUGACCCACAACUUGCCACCCAACCUGUUGUUGAAGAGUGCCAGUGCUUUUGCCCGUGAAGCUCUGAACACAGUGGGUCACUCUAGCUACACCAGCGGCUGUGUCUCUCACGCUCUUCAAAACAUUGCUCUGUCCAUUUUCUUCCCUGAUUGGCUACGCCUUUCAUCCUACUGUGUGAAGCAGACAGAGAAAUUUGCACAGAGCAUGGAGAAGAAAAUUGAUGAAAUGACAGAACUUUCUGCAAGCAAAGAGGACUAAGGAGUGCAAAGGAGGUUGCUACUGAAACGUUUGUGGUGCUUUAGAGGUCAUAUUGGAAAUUGAUAUGAGAAGUUUUACUUCAUAUGUAGAGAACUAAUUGAUCAAUGUUACUGUUUUUACAUUGACUGCCAUUGAACGGUAUUGGUUAUAGGAAAGAGAUUGUGUAAUGUUGAUGUGAUGGAAACAAGCUGACCCCAAAUCCAUCAUGAACUAUAUAGCCUGAGUGCAGCAGAGUAUGAUCUGUGGGAGACUCUCAAACAGGCUUCUAUAGUACAUAUUAGCUAUAUACUUAUUAGGGAUAUAGACUACAACACUAAGUGAAUGGUGGAACAUAUGCAUGUUCUGGUUGAUUUGGACAUUUAACAUAGUACAAUGUUUGGUAUC